AACUACUCUGCUUUUGGUAGGUUGAGAAGCAAAGAGCAGAUCUAACCAGAGAACUGGAUGAUCUCACUGACCGACUGGAGGAAGCAGGAGGGGUCACCACAUCACAGAUGGAGGUGAACAAAAAGCGAGAGGCUGAGCUGCAGCGUCUCAGACGAGACCGCGAGGAAGCCUCUGUCCAAUCAGAAGCGCUGACCGCGUCUCUAAGGAAACGGAACAGUGAGGCCAUGGCCGAGCUGAGCGAGCAGUGUGAGGCUCUGCAGCGCAGCAGGGCCAAACUGGAGAAGGAGAAGCAGAACAUGAGAAUGGAAAUGGAGGAGUUGGCUGCUUCUGUGGACAGUCUGCUCAAAGCCAAGACGUCCUCAGAGAGCCAGAUGAAGAAGCUGGAGGAGCAGCUCUCAGAAGCCAGCAGGACUGCAGACGACCUGCAGAGGGCCCAGAUGGAGCUCAGCGUGGCCAGAAACAGACUCACAGCUGAUAAUGCAGACUUCAGUCGACGGAUGGAAGGGGCAGAGAGCAGGGCCGGCCAGCUGGGCCGCUCCAAGAACCUGCUCCAGUCCCAGGUCCAGGAACUGAGGAAACAACUGGAGGAGGAAGUCAAGUAUAAGCAGGCGCUCAGCAGCAGUCUGAGCUCUGAGCGGCAGGACUGCAUGGUGCUGAAGGAGCAGCUGGAGGAGGAGCAGGAGAGCAAGCAGGAGCUGCAGCGCCACGUCUCCAAACUCAGCAAUGAGGUGACGCACUGGAGAAGCAAACACGAGCUGGACACCAUGCAGAAUGCCGACGAGCUGGAGGACACCAAGAAGAAGCUCGCAAGCAGACUUCAGGAGGCCGAGGAGGCUGUGGAAGCCACCCAAGCCAAAUGUUCUUCACUGGAGAAAAACAAACAAAGGUUGCAGGGAGAGGUGGGAGAACUCUGCUUGGACCUGGAGAAGGCCAGCAGCUGUGGUCAAGCUCUGGAUAAGAAGCAGCGGAUUCUGGAGAAGCAGCUUGGUGACUGGAAGCAAAAGUGUGAGGAGCUGGUUGCUGAGGUGGAAGGCUGCCAGAAGGAGAGCAGGCAACACACCAUGGAGCUCUUUAAAAUGAAGACUGCCCAUGAAGAGUCUUUGGAGCAGCUGGAGACCUUACGCAGGGAGAACAAGGCCUGCCAGGUAGAAGAGGUAGCUGACCUUACAGACCAGAUCUCAGAUGGAGGUAAGAGUGUCCAUGAGCUCCAGAAAGCAAAGAAGAAGAUUGAGAUGGAGAAAGACGAGUUACAGGCCUCACUGGAAGAGUGUGAGGCAGCUUUGGAGGUGGAGGAGACCAAGGUGCUGAGGCUGCAUUUGGAGUUGUCUCAAGCUAAAGAGAACCUGGAGUUCAGACUUCAGGAGAAGGACGAGGAAAUAGACGCCUCCAGAAAAAGCCACCAGAGGGCCCUGGAGUCGCUGCAGGCCUCUUUGGACCUGGAGAUGAACGGCAAGGCUGAGGGGCUGAAGCUGAAGAAGAAACAGGAAGCUGACAUCACCGAGCUGGAGCUGCAGGUGGACAUGCUCACCAAGAACAGCACCGAGCUCAACAAGAACAGCAAGAAGAUGCAGCAACAGAUGAAGGAGUUGCAGGCCCAGCUGGAGGAGGAGGUCCGGAGCCAUGAGGAGGACAGGGAGGAGCAGGCGGCCGUGGAGAGGCGCUGCACUCUGUUAUUCAGCGAGGCAACAGGGACUCGUUCAGCCCUGGAGAGUGCAGAAAGAGCCAGAAAGGUCCUGGACACUGAGCUGCAGGAGGCCAAGGAGACACUCAGCAACCUCCACAGCCAGUUCCAGUUGGCUCUGAGUGGGAGACGGAAUCUGGAGAUGGAUCUCCAGAAUCUGCAGCAGGAGCACGAGGAGCUGAGAGGAAAGCUGAGAGGAUACACAGACAGGUCCAAGAAGACCGGCUGUGAGUUGGCAAAAGUGGGGGAGGAGCUGCGUCUGGAGCAGGAGCACACGCUCCACCUGGAGAGAGGGAGGAAAGAUCUGGAGGCUCAGAUCAGAGACAUGAGCAGCAGGGUGGAGGAGGCCGAGCAGACGGCUCUGAAGGGAGGCAAGAAGAUCAUCCAGAAGUUGGAGGGAAAGGUGAAGGAGAUGGAGCUAGAGUUGGACUCGGAGCAGAAGCGGCACGCUGAGACAGUGAAGACACUGCGGAAGAACGAGCGACGGCUGAAAGAGCUCCUAUUUCAGUCAGAGGAGGACCAGAAGAACCAGCAGAGGAUGCAGGAGCUGGUGGAGAGGCUGCAGAACAAGAUGAAGGCCUACAAGAGACAAGUGGAGGAGGCUGAGGAACAAGCUAACAUGAACCUCGCAAAGUACAGGAAGACCGUCCAUGAGCUGGAUGACGCUGAGGAGCGAGCUGACAUUGCUGAGUCAGCACUCACCAAGUUCAGGACCAAGAGCAGAGGCAGCGCUGGGAAGGGCUUUUCCUCUGGUUACAGCACUCCGUACCCCGGCCUGCUGAGGUCCCCCAGCUCUGUGGGUUCAGAGGGCGGGGGGGAGAAGAUCCUCCGAGACGACCAGUCUGUCAGCUCCCUGAUCCCAGCGUACCUGGACUCUCUGCAGAAGCUCAUGGUGGAUUAGAUCAAGCCGGGGGGACAGAAUGACUUAACACUCACUGUUUCACCUCUCUGUUAUUAAUGUACAUUCCCCAAUGAACUCCUUUAUUCUUUGCAUGAUUGAAGACUCUAAAGACUCCGUUUUUUUUCUCUUCAUAAUGUAAUAUAAUAUAUGUAAUGUAAAGGUUUUGAAUUUAAUUGAAUAUGUUUUUGUCAAAACAGAUCCAUGAUGAAUGGAUUGUUACUGUUUUCAAAAAUCCCCAAAAGAUAGUCAAAUAUUGAUACAUUUAUAAAUACUGUACUAGUUAUCAGUUAAUUAUGAACAUUAUUAACCAAUCAUUUAUUUACAUUUUACAUGUCAUUAAAAUGUCAAUCUGACGUAAAAGCUAUCCACCUCUUCUAAUUGCUUCACUGUGGUUCACUGCCCAAGCUUUGUAUCUACUCAGAAUGUAAUAUGUAACAUGUUAUUCAAUAAUAUCUGACCAUGCCUAAAUGAAAAACAUAGAGAAGCUAAAACUUAAGUUUAUGCUGGUCAACCUCACCUGUAAACUAGAUUAAAACAAAUCAACUGCUAGUUAUAUCCCAAAGAACAUUAGGUACAAAAUGAUUAUUUACCGUUUUAUGUGCUAAUUACUGUAUGACCGUCAGAGUAGAGUCAGCUACAGCAGCAGCUGGUGUUUGCACAUAUUUGUGCCCAGCUUACUGCGUAUUGUGGAGUGAGAUAUCAACACCUUUCAUUUCAUAAUGAAUGAUUUGUAAAUGAUUAGAUAAUUGUGUACUAAUUGCUUAUAGCAUGUUUUUCUGAACUAAUAACCAUACCAUUAUUAUUGCUGCGAACAUGUGAAUUUGAGCUCUUUUUGCAUUUAUAUAUCUUUUGCAAAAACAAAAACACCACCACAAAAGCACAAAUCAGCACAAAAAGGAGGAUGUUUUAACACAUAUUUAUUUGAUUUAUAAUAAAUGCAAACCUUCAGCCCUUAAGUAGUAAUUCUAGGCAAUAAUACUGGAGAAGAGGUGGUUAAAAAAGUAGAAUAUAAAUGAGGGUGUUAUUUGAAUUGUAUAAAAUAAUAUGUAUGUUCCAUUUGGCAAUAAACAGACCCAGACAUUUCUAUAUUA